UGAGCUGGGCUGCAGGAGCCCUGCGGGCCUGUCGCAAAGUUGGCGCCAUGGGUCUGGGUCGCUCUAGCCUGGCGGUGGCUCUGGGCCUCCCACGGCCUGGCUGGCCUCUCACCCGGGUUUCCAAGCUGUCGACUGUGAAGCAUGAACUUAUUAAGACACUGACUUCAGAGGAGCCAGUUCUUCACACUAAGAUCUCCAUCGUAGGAACGGGAAACGUUGGUAUGGCCUGUGCGACCAGCAUCCUAUUAAAAGGCUUGAGCAAUGAAAUAGCUUUUGUGGAUACCGAUGAAAGCAGAAUGAUGGGUGAAACGAUGGAUCUUCAACACGGUAGCACUUUCAUGAGAAUGCCAAAUAUUGUUUGUAGCAAAGAUUAUUUUGUGACUGCAAAUUCCAACAUUGUGAUUAUCACGGCAGGUGCCCGCCAGGUUAAAGGAGAAACACGCCUUGAUCUAGUGCACCGAAAUGUGUCCAUCCUUAAAUCAGUGAUUCCCAAUAUUGCUCAGCACAGUCCUCACUGCAAACUGAUCAUUGUUUCCAAUCCAGUGGAUAUCUUAACAUAUGUAGCCUGGAAAUUGAGUGCGUUUCCUAAAAGUCGUGUUAUCGGGAGCGGCUGCAAUUUGGACACUGCCCGGUUCCGCUUCUUUAUUGGGCAAAGGCUUGGUAUUCACUCUGAAAGCUGUCAUGGGUUAGUCCUUGGAGAACAUGGAGACUCAAGUGUUCCUGUGUGGAGUGGAGUCAACAUUGCUGGGGUCCCUCUGAAGGACUUAAACCCAGAUAUAGGAACUAAUAAAGAUCCAGAGCAAUGGGGAAAUGUUCACCAAGAUGUAGUCUCCAGUGGCUACGAGAUCCUUAAAAAGAAAGGCUAUACUUGCUGGGGUGUUGCUCUGUCUGUAACUGACUUAACAGAAAGUAUUGUGAAGAAUCUUAGGAGAGUGCAUCCAGUUUCCACCAUAAGUAAGGGGCUCUAUGGAAUAACCGAAGAAGUAUUCCUUAGUGUUCCUUGUGUCCUAGGAGAGAAUGGUAUCACAGACCUCAUAAAGGUAAAACUGACCCCUGAAGAGGAGGCUUGUUUGAAAAAGAGUGCAGAUACUCUUUGGGAAAUUCAGAAAGAACUCAAGCUUUAAAUAAAGCAGGUUUUGUCAAAUUUUCAA